GUAUUCAGUAUUACAUGAAAUUUAUUUUAAAGGGGAUUUGAACAAUGAAAUGAUAUCCUGGGAACGUCCUAAAAGACAAACUUGCUGUAUUCAGUAUGACAUGAAAUUUAUUUUAAAGGGGAUUUGAACAAUGAAAUGAUAUCCCGGGAACGUCCUAAAAGACAAACUUCCUAAUGAAAUUCCUAAUUGAGAUCUAACUGCUACUUCUGGAUUAUACAUCCUGUGGGACACCUCUAUUUUAGGGCAAUAAUCUUGAUCAUUCUCACUUGUUUAUUGAACAGCUGACUUUUUUUAUUUUAGGUUUAAGAGGUAAAUUUAUCAUGUAAAUUCAUGGAUGCCAGAGACAAUUUAGAAAAUAAAUGCCAUAAUUGCAGAGAUAAAUCAGAGCAGAGAUGUUGGGUGACGUCCAACCAUCCGAUGAACAUAUUACUAUGUUGCUUAACAUGGGCUUCACAGAUAUUGAUCAUGUUAGAGAAGCAUUAAGCUUAGCUAAAAAUGAUCUAAAUGAAGCUGUUGCCAUUCUCACUGGCGAAGUUAACAAAGGGGGAUUUGGAACUUCAAACGAUGUUGAAAUGAAAGAGGCAUCACAAAAUACAGACACCAACAGUGGAAAUAAUAACAUUAUUGCAGCACCCCAAUAUGGCCCACAAACCCUUGAAGCGUCUAAGGGUGAGGAAGUGAUAGAUGUCACAGAAGAUCCUUUUGAAAGCAUAGAGAUGUCAGUGGAAGAAAUGCCUGAAGAUUUUCCAGUCACUAAUCUCUAUGAGCUAGAAGACCGAAUAUUUACAGAAAACUGGUCUAUUCCAUACAAGAAAAGUGAAUCUUUAGCAAAAUGUUUGUACAGUGCUAUUAAACUUGCAUAUCUAGAGAAAGCAGAAAAGAAUGAACACUGUGCACGUUUUAUGGACCGUGUUUUACCAGAAUGUUUUCACAAGCUACUCUGCUCUGCUGCGGUAAAAAAAUGGACUCCAGAUGUGCACGAGGGUGUGUUUAAUAUGAUCCAGCUUUUUGUUGAUUUGGUAGCUAUGCGUUUAAAGUAUUCACCAAUUCCUUUGAAAAUGUUGACCAGUUUAUCUCAAGCUUUUGACCCUGAUUCCGAGUUUCAUUUUAAAAAUCGUGGCCACAAGUGGAACCGCAGCCAUUAUGAAGAUUUGUUUGGUUAUGGUAAAUGUGCAGCAAUGAGUCCAGCUUAUGAUACUUACAAGGAACCUUUUGGAUGGCUCGUUGAUCUGGUCAAUCGUUUUGCUUACAAGGGAGGAUUUGAUGGCAUUAUAAACCAUAUUGAUAGUGAACAAAAAGUUACUGCAAGUGUUCUUGCGAGCCUCUUGAAGCCAUUCGGUUUAUGUGCUGCUUAUUUAAACCAAGACGUUGUUGGAUAUAAAUUAGGUGGAGCAGCUGAUAAAGUAGUGCAUUAUAUAAAAGAUUUAAAGCCAGAUGACAUGCGAGAGAAGGAAGUUGACAAGGUUUAUGAUCUCCUUCGUACUCUACAUUUCAUCUGCGAAUCUCUUUGGCCUGAUAAAACUACAGCCAUUGAUGAAUUACAUCUGAACACCAUAUUAAAGAUGUUGAACCUUCCACACUUUAAUGCCAGAAUGAAUGCACUUAAAGAGCUAAGCAGAUUGAUCAAGGAGGCAGAGAAAGAACGGUGGAGUAACAUCACACAGCAUGAUGAGAUUUUAAAAUGGUUGCUAGAGAAUAAAGUAAUAUCUGUCGCCUUUAGCAGCAGCUUGCACCAUGAUCAGUAUUGUGAGAAAUUAAAGAACGUUGUUGAAUUUGCUUGUGCAAAAAUCUCGACGGAAGAAUUAACAACCAUAUGGCAGAUGCAAACUGGAAAACAUGUUACGGUUGUAGAUAACAUACACACUAUAAUAUCAUCUGCAUCACAAAACUUCACAACAGAGCAGAUGGAACAUCUGAUUACUUUACUAGAAAAGAGUUGGAAUGAAGAGGAUGAUAAAUCAAAAGAACGACUGUUACUACUCAUUGGAAGAAUUGGACGAGAAAUUAGGGACAGUAAAAUUGUAAUCAAGCUACUCGACAUGUUAUGGGAUGUUUGCCAUACGGAAUCGCUCCCCCUUUACUUGCUAAAUCAAGCCGUCCAAUCCCAUCUUGACAUUCUUACAGAAUCUUCAAUGAUUCGUUCAAGUGUUAAACAUGAUUAUGUUGUGAAGUGUGUUCAAGAUAUCAAACAAAAUGUGUUUGUGGUUCCAGCUAUCAGACACAUGCUAAACAACUUGCAGUCUUUUAGUAAACAACCAUUUGGGAAAAGUUCAAGGACGGGCAUACAAGACUUGCAAAAUCAGCAUGGACUGCUAAAGCUUCUCUGUCAUAGUUUAACUGUCUCUCACAAAUCAGUAACAGCUAGCAUUCCACCUGGCACUCUUUCUGGUGAAACAAUUGUAAAGAAUAUGUACACCUAUGCUGAAACAGUCAUUACACACUUAAAGCUUGUUGAAUUUCUGCUCCAAGAAGGUGGACUGUAUUUAGGAUGGACUCGCUGUAAAGAAAUUUGGGAUUGUUUGAUGUUGGAUGCACAAAAUUGUGAUGGUGAUUACGAGACUUGUCUUGAAUGGUUUGUUAACUGCAUAAACGAUCUUCAAGCAGAGACUCAAAAGGAACUUUUUGUAUCUAAAAUUCUAAAAACUGAUGUGAGCAAGAUGAAGGAGAUAGGGUUUAAGUGUUUCAAGUCGUACUUUGAGUCAGUCAACAUAUGUGAACACAAAAUCCGACGAAGUGGACCAACUACUAUUAUUGAGAAACAAGAUUUGACAGGAAUCUCUUACUUGUGGCAGUUGAUCCUUGAUACUCCGUAUAUAAACAUUGCUGAAGAUGCCACAAAAUAUUUGAUCAAUAUUUCAUAUUCUUUUCUAUCCAGCAAAGUAAAAAAGACAGAAUAUGCCUCUAUCCACAAAAGGUUUAUAGCCGAAUGCUACAAAAGGUUAGAUGGACUAUUGAGUCAAGUAAAAGAGAUCAAUGAAAGUGGAAGUAAAGGAGGAAGAAGUUCAAAAACAUUCAAGAAGCCUCUCCCAGUGAAGGGUUCUACGGAUAGAUCUGAAAUAGUUGUAUCCAUUGAGAGACUUUUGCAUAUAUGUUAUUCGUACAUUCUCGUUGUCGAAGAGUCCUAUGCAAAGCAUCGUUCGUUUCCACCACAUGGUACUUGUUUUCAUGGUGUACCAAUCCAUAUACAUGUUACUUUAGAAUCAAAUAAAUCAGAGUUUGACCUAAAAAGUCAUAGUAAUGAAAGUUUGCUUGAGGUUCGACAACAAAUUGCUGCAAAAAUCAACACCCAAUCGACUCAUGUUCAAAUUUACAAAAGCGAUAAAUUACUAACUCCAUCUAAAAAUCACAAAUUACUCUCACAACUCGACUUUGAAGAAAAGCAGUCUUUGAAUGUCAAAAUCACUGGCACGUCAAAUGGAGCAACUGUCAGUGAUGCAACUACCAAUGAUGAUGAAUUGCAUUCUCCAGUACAUAAACCUUCCACCAUGUUGGAGCGUGAAAAAGUUUUACCUAGUUUCAUAAUGGCGGUUGAUUAUAAAAUAUUUGACAAACUUUAUCAAUUAGCUGAGAUGGAAGAUGCGCGUAUAACCUCAGCUCUUCAGAACUUAUUUCUUCAAUUACCCACGGACAGUGAAAUAUUGGAAGCUAUUGAAAUAUUUAGUUUUCAGAAUCCAUUAUCAUGUUCUCCAGGAACUCGUGCUGGAUACACAACCUCGUCAUCCUCAGUUCUUGAAAACUAUUUUAAAUGUUCAGCUCCCAAAAUGUCAACAUUUCGUGUUUUAUAUAACCUUCAGGUAUUAAGCAGCAAGUUAAUGCCUGUCAUUGGAGGCGAUACAGCUGCCAUUACACAUUCAUUUCGUGAGAAUUGGUUAAAUGCAGGAGGAUUAAGUCUCAUUAUGAAUAUUCUUUUACCCGACACUUUGCCAAGUAAUGCAGAUUAUGAACUUCGACAGUCUUGUUAUUAUAUUAUAUUGCAAUUGGCAAGAUUUCUUUUAUGUGGAGAGGAUCAUGAAUCAAAUGCAGCCUAUAUGGUUCCAGUCAUCCGUACAUAUGGACAGUGUACUGCAGCUGAGAAUGUUGUAUCUGCUAAUAGUUCAUAUAGCAUAAAUUCUCAAGCAGAAUGUCCAUCAGCAGAUAUUUCAAUGACUACAAGUACACCAAUUAAAUUUCAGGGAAGUCCAAAAAAUGUGCAACAAACUGUUGCCUCAUCCUGGCCAGGUGCGAAGGGUGGCCAAAAUGGAUCACCCGUUUCCAACAGUCAGCUGUCUUCAUCACCAGGCAGUGCUGCAUCCUUUACUCCUGAGAAUGGUUCAAUGAGAAAACGUCUACGUUCUGCUAGUGUAUUAGAUUCUGUAUCGCCUACAGUAAAAAUGGUUAUUGAGAAUUUAAACGAAGAAGAAUUUACUGAAACAAUCUCCAGCUUAGUCCAGGUUGCAUGGGCUGCUUCUGCUGGUCAAUUGCAACUUAAUGCUCGUCAUAAUGAUGAUCCAACUUCACAGAAUAACAUUCAAGAAAGUUCAGGUGAUGAGUUAAAGGCUGGUUUAUGUUUGCAGCAAGAGAACGUAUCAAACAUGGAUUCUGUUCUUGCUCACAACAGUUUGGAACUUCUUGUAAUGUGCUUACAGCUUCGCCCAAGGCUUGUGACUGUGUUUUAUAAAUUACCAAAUGUAACUGAAUUUAUUAUCGACAUCUUAACUGGAUCUCCAAGUGAAGAGGUUCGGAACUCUGCAUCUUUGCACUUUUCCAUGCUGGCAAAUGCUCCUGCACUUGAUUCCGCAGCUGAACACCCAAAAGCCUUUCUCUUAAAUAUUCUCAUGAAAGCACCCUUACCGUUUUGGACAAUCACAGGAACAAUUCGUGGCAUUACUUUUAAACUUCUUCGACAAUGCUCGCAAUAUUUUGACUUAAUGUGUAAUUUGGUUUAUCUUCUGUCAAGUUCGCAACAAUUAGAUUAUGGUAUCAAUGCUUCCAAACUUCUAGAAGACGAGCUGAUAAUUUUAACAAAUUCAGAUAAUAUCAAUGUUGAAUUAUUGUUAAGUCAUUUAAAGUUAACAAAUGUACUAUUUACAUGUGAAAAUGUUGAUAAACGUUUAUUGGGGCAAAGUUUUAUACAGUUUUUAUUCGACGAAUUUUUAUUUCCUGCAUCGAAAUUAUUAAAUUUAAAUAUGUCAUUAACAAACUUUAAUAUGAUGGAUAUAAACGUUAACUCGUAUGAUCUGAAUUGCCGCAUGGAGGCUUUAAAUCUCCUAUUAACACUGUCUGAUAGAUGUCCUGUCAACCUGUGUGAAAUAUCAAACCAACUAGUAGUGCGAAACCAUAGUGAAGUUACUGCAAAAGCUUGGGACUUUCAACCUCCAGUAUCCUCUCGUCCAAUGAAUGGAUUUGUUGGUUUAAAGAAUGCUGGUGCAACAUGCUACAUGAACAGUAUCUUGCAGCAGCUGUACAUGCAACCUGGAUUAAGAGAAUCAUUGUUAAAGAUUGAUGAUGUCAAAUGUCCAAAAACAGACAACGUUUUUUAUCAACUCCAAACAAUCUUUGGACAUCUCUUAGAGAGUCAGACACAAUACUAUACUCCUGACAUGUUUUGGAAAUCGUUUAAACUUUGGGGCGAGCCUGUGAACGUGCGAGAGCAACAAGACGCUUUUGAAUUUUUCAUCAACAUUACAGAUCAAAUUGACGAAAAUUUAAAAGGUUUGAAAAAAGAUGAAAUGUUUAAGAAGACGUUCAGUGGAACAUUUGUAGAUCAAAAAAUUUGUCAGGAAUGUUCCCAUUGCUUUGAAAGAGAUGAACCAUUCUUCUCGUUACCUGUUACAGUCAAGUGCGGAAACCUUGAAACCUCGUUGGAGCAGUUUGUACAUAAUGAAAUUAUGGAAGGCGAGAAUGCGUAUUAUUGUGAAAAGUGUUGUGAAAGACGCACAACGGUGAAACGGACCUGUAUUAAGACAGUUCCUCCUGUGCUUGUGAUACAGCUGAAGAGGUUUUGGUAUGACUGGGAAAGAAAUAGAGCAAUAAAAUUUGAUGAUUUCUUUAGUUUCCCAUGGGUCCUGGAUAUAGAACCAUACACACAGAAAGGAAUUUCCAAAAGGGAGAAUGAAAAGGACAUAAAACCUGCGGAGAAUAAUACAAACAGACCUAUGGACAUAAUCACAGACAAUCAGCAAUACUAUGAAUUAGUCGGUGUAGUUGUACACAGUGGCCAGGCUAGUGCUGGACAUUACUAUUCAUUUAUUAAGAAUCGACAAAAUACUAUUGGUGAAUUUAAUCAGUGGUAUAAGUUCAACGACAUGUCUGUUGAAAGAUUUGAUAUGACCGAUGAAUCAAUUGCUGUAGAAUGUUUUGGUGGUGAAUACAAAGUGAGCCAAUCUGACUCAAAUAGUCAAUAUCCAGAAAGUCGCAUUCGAAAUUGGAAUGGUUACAUGUUGUUUUAUGAAACAAUGGAUAAAAGCAAACUGCCACCCAGUUCUACAUUGCCCCUGCAAGAUCCUCGUGGACAAAUCAUUGGUGACGCUAUGAGGUUAGAAAAAUCUUAUCCCUCGUCGCCAGCCUCAUCAACUAGUUCAAACCCUCCAUCUCCAGGUUCAAAAGACAGUUGUCUUGUUCAAUUGUCAGCAUUAAUACGUAAAGGUGAAAGAAAAGGCUUGUUUAACGAUCUCAUGCCAGCAAGUAUAAAACGUUUGGUUAAUGAGGAAAACGUUGCUUUUCUAAGAAACCGAGAUGUUUAUAAUGAAGAUUAUUUCAAAUUUAUUCGUCAGUUGUGUUCAUCUAAUGUUUCUGGUAAUUAUUUGUCUUUGGAAGAGCCUGCUAAAGAUAACGAUGAAGCUUCAUUAUGUCUGAUGAAAUUGGCUGUUUAUUUUCUCUUCAACACGUAUUUGAAAACAUCAAAGUCGUUCAGAUCGGAUAUGGAUAGCUGGUGUACUGCUAUUGAAACGCUUAUGUGUUCAAGUACUACCGUGUGCACAUGGUUCCUCACUUUCUUCGGAACUGAACAAGGAAAAAAUUACAUCUUGCCAUACUUGGUGGAGUGUCCCGAUAAAAGCAAUCGAGAGUUUUUUUUGAAUUUGUUAUUUUUGGCAUGUCAUCAUCACUUUAAACAUGGCACCAAAGAUAUCAGUGUAAUUGACAAUAUGGUUACCCACAUGCUUCAAUUGCUGGAUCGAGAAUUGGUACAAAAUAUUAAACAAUCCGCUCAGUGUUUUGAGUUCUUUUACAAAUAUGCAUGUACGUGUGACGCCGCUCUUCUACAUCUGUCUGAAAAGAAUUGUUUUCGCAGAUUUCAUAAUUUCUUGCUUGGACCAGCACAACCUGCAAAUAGUGGGAGAACAGUUCGUCGUUGGACAACUUUGCAAACGCAAGAAUUAAUCUCCCUUCAUAACUUACUUGCUUUGUUGAUUGUUAACACUGAUGUAAAACCUCUUCAAACAGGUGCUACAGAGAAUACACUUCCACCACUGCGAAAUCUAUUUCGCUAUCCAGAUAAUAUUCAGCUUUCUUCUGACAUGUGUGAAUGCCUACAUGAGACAGAAGGUGAUCGAUUCUUGCAUGAAUGGUUGUAUGCAUCCAUUGAACUCAGUCAAUUAAAUGAAACAUUAUCUGAUGCCAUGAUGUAUUUAUGUUGGUCCAACAUGAAGUUUUCCAUUCAAUUUAUCCGACAAUUACUAGAAUUAAUAACGAAAGUUCAAGUGAAUGAUAUACAGCAUUUAUUUACCCAUCUUACAGAUAUAUGGAGCUUACAAGAUGUGUACCAAGAAAAAAGGUUACAGUUUUGUAUGGAAGGCUCUUCCGAUAAUAACAUUAAUGGUUUAUUUAGUAUCAUACGCUCCUCACAUACUGACGAUGCGCGACGUGCGUACCAAUGCAUCAAAUUUCUGGUGGGAACAUCCAACAAAUUGCCACUCGUUAAAGAGUACUUGAUCACUCAUUCACUGAAAUGGCAAUGGGCUGUUGAUUGGUUAAAAAAGAAGAUGAGUGAGUAUUCUUACUGGCCUGCUCAAACUAGUAUGACAAACGAUAAGCAUGCAUCUUUUCAAAGAACAUUCAGUGCUCAGAAUACAUUAGCUGAAGCGACAAAACUUCUCACGGAAAUUGAAACCUCGAAUGAAAAGAACAAAAUGGACCAAUCAUCAGGUAGUAAAUUAAACCAAUCAAUGAACAGUACUAUAGACACGAGUAACGUUAUAAUAGAAGAGGAAGUCCCGUGAUGAGAAUUCCGAUGCAAGAUUGGAUAUUUUAAAGGAGAGAUCCAAUUCGUCUGAAAAGGGUAUUAACAUUGGUUACAUUUUCAUGUAUCGUAUGCGAAAGAUUUAAAAGACGAGUGACAAAGCGAACCAGAUAAGAUUGUCGUUAUUAAACAAAGUAGAAGAAAAUGCAAUUCAAUUUUAUUGCGGUAUUUAUUAGUCUAUUACUCUUUGUUUUUGCUAAAAUAGGAUUUAGAUUUGUUUUUUUAACAUCAUAUAAAAUCUUUUAUUUUUGCUCAAUUUCAUGUCUUUCUGUACUCAAAAAAACGCACCUCCUUAAAAAUUUUCACCUGUGGUAUUGAUAAUCUAACAAUGACUAGACUUAAGUAUCAAUUUUUUAAAACCUCGUAUAAACUAUUCAUGAUUAUUGGUUAGUUUUUAAGGCAGGAUUUAACUAGAUUAUGCUACCUUGUAUGUUUUUUAACAACACUGAAAUUUAGGAACGGUUGGGAUGUUGAUUUUAACAUUUCCAAUACCUAAAAAGCCUUGUAAAACCUUAGAUGUUCUCAAAUUUUUUUAACGUUUUAUGUUCGUAUAGGGUUGGGCCAUGCCUGAAAAUCAAAUGUUUUAUUACUCUCCGUUCUGAAAUAUUUUUUUUGAAAUUAAGGAAAAUAAUGUUUUUGAUACAAAAAGAAACAGAUUGACGUAUAAUCCGGCAAUAUUGCAUUUUUUUUCUUUCUUUCAACAUAACCUAGAGGUAUUUGUACGCAAUAAAAUGUUUUCGGAGUUAAGUCAGCACAAAAAGAUAUGUGCAAAUGCAGAACUUGUCUUUGCGUUAAAAAAUACAAAGUGAACUCAAAUUUGCCUUAUGAGAAAAAUUGUUGCAACCUGUCCAUUAGGAUAGGUGCAUGCCAGGUAUUUUUUUCACUAUGAAAUCCUGCAUUUGCAAGUUUGAUUUUUCUGCACGUCUUUUUUUCCAUAACUUUACUCACACACUAAAUAAUUUGUAUUUAUAAAUUUGUACAGUUUCUGUGUCAUUUAUUUCUACAACUAUUACGGAAAAUACUAUAAA